AUGAAAGAACCCCGGAUUUUCCCUAGAGAGCGGCCAACUCCUUGGACUCGUGCUCCGCUGCCACCUCGAGGACGGAUGGACAGUUCCCUGGGACCACAAGGGGGUCCUGCUUUAAACACAGGCCACCCUCUGGGUAUGAACUCAGAUCCCUUCCUUAUGGCAACCGGCUCUCUUGGUGGAAAUUUGGCCCCGUUUCCAAGGAACCCGUCUCCUUUUCCAACUUCAUCAGGCUCAUUGGCUUCAAAUCCAGCACCUUUCCCUGCUGGUGCUCGUGACCCAAGCAUGGCUUCUUUUCCAAGAGGGAUGAAUCCCACUGGCACAGGUCCAGAGGCAGCUGUGACAACUUACCUGCUUCUGAGUUCCAGUGGAAUUUCCUCGGCAAAACUAGUUCUUCCUCGAGUACCAAUCUUGAAACUGGAAUAAAGAGCUAGCUUUUGUUAAAUACAAAGAGGGAGGGAGGAGCUCAGAGGUACCAGCAUUAUGUGAGAAUCUUUAUUUUGACAAAUAAGUGCAGUAUAAAAAAUUUGACCUGAAAGUAAAAAAAAAAAAAAAAGUAAAAAUAAAUAUGUUUACAAAUUAUUGUAGAAAUAAU